UUGCCUGCCUGCUUUCUGUGGUGAAAAAAGGUGCACCUGCACCUGUGUGAAGUCAAACGAAAGAAGACUGCGGAGAGUGGACGGGAUACUGACCACCAUUUACUGUGUACGUAUUAAGCGGCAAGUAGCUCCGGGAUCAUCCGCAUUUUAUUUCGCGCAACCAUCUAAGAAACUGUGUUAUAAACGGCAGCUGCACUGAACUUGAACGGAUUCACGCAGAAGAGCGCCAUGCACUGACAGGAGACAUGAGUUUGCGCUCCACUUGUUUACCAACAGAGGGGUCGGGACAGGGGAGGAACAGCUCACCUCCUGACAGGGAGACCAACCCCACGGGGGGUAACAGCAACCCCGCCAGCCUUUUAGGCAUCGGAACGAAACUGUGGAUCUACAACAUCACCGGCGACGAGUCGCCACCCUUCCUGACUGACGCAUGGCUCGUGCCAUUGCUUUUCGCCCUUAUCAUGCUGGUUGGACUGGUGGGCAACUCGCUGGUCAUUUAUGUAAUCACAAAGCACAGGCAAAUGCGAACUGCAACCAAUUUUUACAUAGCUAACCUGGCUGCGACAGACAUCAUAUUUCUAGUUUGCUGUGUACCCUUUACUGCCACGCUUUAUCCUCUGCCCAGCUGGAUCUUUGGGGAAUUUAUGUGCAAGUUUGUCAAUUAUCUUCAGCAGGUCACAGUUCAGGCCACUUGCAUCACUCUGACCGCCAUGAGUGUCGAUCGCUGCUAUGCUACUCUUUACCCACUGCAGUCACUGAGAAGACGCAGCCCACGUGUUGCUACGGCUGUGAGUGUGGGCAUUUGGAUUGGCUCCUUCAUCUUGUCUCUCCCCAUGGCCCUGUAUCACCACACAGAGGUGGGUUUCUGGUAUGGCCUGCGUACCUACUGCAUGGAGAAAUUUCCGACACCAUCUCAGCAAAAAAGCUAUAUCCUCUAUACUUUCUUGGCCGUGUACCUCCUACCCCUCCUGACCAUCUGCAUCUGUUACACCAUCAUGCUGAAGCGUGUGGGAAGGCCCGUAGUGGAGCCCAUCGAUAACAACUAUCAGCAGGUGCAGCCUCUCUCAGAGCGUUCGGUUGCUAUGAGGGCGAAGGUCACCCGUAUGGUGGUAGUCAUUGUUCUGCUCUUCGGCAUCUGCUGGGGCCCAAUCCAACUCUUCCUUCUGUGUCAAGGCUUCUAUCCAGGUUUUCAGGCCAACUAUGAGACCUACAAGAUCAAGACCUGGGCCAACUGCAUGUCUUAUGCCAAUUCAUCCUUGAACCCCAUUGUGUAUGCCUUCAUGGGGGAGAGUUUCCGCAAGUCCUUCAAGAAAGCAUUUCCUUUCAUGUUCCGUCACCGUGUACAGGACAUCACCCUUGCCUCGGGCUCCAGGAACAAUGUGGGACUGAAAUCUGUCACAGAGGGAAGUUAAAAAGAAGCAUCUGAAUCCAAUUAAAGGCAGAGAUAGCUUAACGUGAGAAAGCUGAGACACAAGCCAAUGGACAGCUUCAUAAAUCAUCAGCACUGGCUGAUUGAAAGCACAAGAAGCAUGAGGCUAAUGCAAGCGGUGCAAUCUUUCGUAAAAGCAUUUUUCUUCUGGCAAGUUCUAGGUAUUGCAUGCAAAGCUCUGUUACAUGAGAGCCCAUCUCCUACAAGGAGAGCACACACGGAGGCUUCAGCAUGCGCAAGAACACUUCAGCACCGUUGCAGAAAUUUACGGUUUCAAGUGUACCAGCUAAACCUGGAAAAUUCAAGAGUCUCAGGUAUGCAACUGCUAGAAUCCACAUCUAGUAUUAGCUUUCAAAUACGCCUGGUAUCUUCCAUGUUG